GCCAGCACGCACCUGCCCAUCGUCCCCCACGCGCUCCACGCCAUCGUCUCCACCCCACGCGCACGUAUGAAAAAUAAAAACUGAAACAUAUGAUUCCCCGUCCCCGCGCCCAAACCCACACUCGCCGACAAGAAAGUAGCCAAAUUUCUCGGCACCCUUGUUAUAUCAUAAUAAUACCCAAAUUAGAGCGCAGGCCAAAUAUUACGAAAAAAAAAUCUCCUCAGAAUCUCAAAUCCACCAAAAUCUCCAUUUUCACAAUCGAGCAUUACCCGUUACACCGAAGCUUUGUUCACUGAUCAACGAAUUUUGAAUUUUUUUUUUCUCUUCUUUGGGGGGCCAUCAGAAAAUGGCGACGACGAUCGGGGAGGAGAAGGUGACGGUGUUUGGAGAGGAGGAAGCCAAGCAACUAGUCAACGGGCUGAGAGUCGCUUACGAUUCCGGCAGGACUCGGAGCUACAGCUGGAGGGUGGCUCAGCUGAAGAACGUCGUCAGGAUGUGCGACGACAGCGAGAAGGAGGUCGUCGAAGCUCUGUACAAGGAUCUCGCCAAGCCCGAGCUCGAAGGAACUCUCUAUGAGCUAGGUAUGAUAAAGAAUGCAUGCAAAGUGGCACUCAAGGAACUAAAGAACUGGAUCAGGCCGGAGAAGGCAAAAACCUCACUGACAACAUUCCCAUCAUCAGCUGAAAUUGUGUCUGAGCCAUUUGGAAUUGUAUUGAUAAUUUCUGCCUGGAACUAUCCCUUUUUGCUAUCCAUUGAUCCAGUGAUUGGAGCUAUUGCAGCUGGGAAUGCGGUGGUUUUGAAACCAUCGGAACUAGCUCCUGCCUCGUCAUCAUUGCUUGCAAAACUUUUUUCUCAGUAUUUGGAUACUUCUGCCAUAAAGGUUGUUGAGGGUGCUGUUCCUGAAACGUCAGCUUUACUAGAGCAAAAAUGGGACAAAAUCAUGUAUACAGGCAAUGGUAGGGUUGGGCGCAUUGUGAUGGCUGCUGCUGCAAAGCACUUGACACCUGUCAUCAUGGAGCUCGGGGGGAAAUGUCCAGCGGUCGUUGAUUCAGACAUUAAUUUAGAGGUUGCAAUGAGGCGACUAAUUGCUGGCAAGUGGGGGUGCAACAAUGGACAAGCAUGCAUAUCCCCUGAUUACAUUUUAACAACCAAAGAUUAUGCACCAAAGCUGGUCGAUGCUCUGAAAACAGAACUGGAGAGAUUUUAUGGGAAGAAUCAAUUGGAGUCGAAGGACUUGUCUCGCAUUGUAAACUCUAACCAUUUUGCUAGAUUAUCCAAGCUACUGGAUGACGAGAAAGUUUCUGGUAAAAUAGUCUACGGUGGUGAAAAAGACGAAGAGAAGCUAAGAAUAGCUCCUACCAUCUUGCUAGAUGUGCCAAGGGAUUCUCUGAUCAUGAGUGAAGAAAUUUUCGGCCCCUUGCUUCCCAUCCUCAUGUUGAACAAUAUCGAUGAGAGUUUCGAUGUGAUCAACUCGGGAACAAAGCCACUUGCAGCCUACAUAUUCACCAACAACAAAAAGCUCAAAGAAAAGUUUGUAAUGUCUGUCUCUGCUGGUGGCAUUGUCGUCAAUGACACAACAAUUCAUCUGGCUGUUCAUACUGUGCCGUUUGGAGGCGUUGGCGAGAGUGGGAUGGGGUCGUACCACGGGAAGUUCUCAUUUGAUGCCUUCAGCCACAAGAAAGCUGUGCUGUAUCGGAGUUUCAUAGGCGAUGCUGCCUUGAGGUAUCCACCAUACACGGGCUUCAAACUGAGAAUGAUGAAAGCUCUGAUGGGUGGCAGUUUCCUUGCAAUCCUACGCGCACUGUUUCGUGGGUCUAAGCCUUGAAAGAUUCUGAAUCGGAUCAUUGUGGAUAGUUUAUUUUUAUCAAUGUAAGUUAUAUCUGCAAACCUCAUCAUGCUUGGAAACUUCUCUUAAGGACUUGGAUUCAGUGUGAUCUUACAUUUAUUGUUGAUUGAGAAGAUGCAAAGGGAAACGUUUCAAAUCAAUUCUACUGUUGUCAAUUGUUGUUCAAGAAAGCCAGAUUGGGUGGUUAGACAGACAUGGAUAUCAAAUUAUCACCAUGUUUCUCUGUUUCUUUUCUGAUGAUGAACUGUGAGAAGAUACUGCAACUAGCGAUGGGCAAUGAAUCAGAGACAGAUAGCGUCUAUCAAUUAUCCCAUGAGAAGUAAUUCGAGUUUUAUGCAUAUCUAUAC